CAUUGAAACAACAGCUUCAGCGUCCGAGACACUUCUGCCCUUUUUAUUUAAAACUAGGAAAAAGGAUCGAAAUCAAAAUGACAGAAGAGGAGAAUCUGGAUAUGUUGCUGUCUUUAUUUGCGGAGAGUGAGGGCCAAGAUCCAGAGACUGCUGCAGCUACUGGAGAGGGCAGUGACAAUCUGGAUGACCUCUUUGAUGGGGAGGAUGAUGAUUGUGAUCAAUAUGUUGAGCCAGAGGAGGAACAGGAGGACGAGGAAGAGGUGGCACCUGGGAAAUCCAGCUCAACUGGUGGCGAUGGUGACUUGAAUAAAUCAAAAGAAGAUCUGGAGGCUGAACUGAAGUCGAUGCAACAGAAAAUGCAAAGAUUACAACAACAGCUAGAGGCCUCACAGAGAAAUACACAACCAGAAAACAAACCUUCCUUAAAGAAGCAGUCAAGCACCAAAUCCUUAACACCAUCCCAGGGGCUUUCUAAAAUGGCCCCACAAACACAACGUGCCAGUAGGGCCACUCUGCCAUCAUCAGACACCACAGCAAAACUAAAAAACAAGCAGAGAAUGGCUCACGAAUCUAAAGCAGCCGCCUCAGAAAAGCAGAGUCCUGUUGGCCAGAGAAUGAGCAACUGCCAACUGCCAAUGAGAGCGCACACAGAAGUAAACGGCACCUUGAAGUCACCUCCCCCUCUUAAGAGUCCUCCCACUGUGCGUCAAGCCAAACCCUGUUCAUCUGUCAGUCAAGAGGUAGCUGUGGAGAAGUUCUCAGGUCUCAGACUCAGGAAACCACGUCUGUCUUCCAUAGAUUUAGAGCAAAAAAUGGCCAACCGCAAGAUGAUCAGGCUUUCUCAGUUACCCGAUCGUCUAGCUAGAGACAAUUUAGAGGAUAGCGACUGGGUCACAUUCGCAGUUGUCAUAAAUAAGAUCACCCCACAAAGCAAAAACAACGGGAAAACCUUCAGCAUCUGGAAACUGAAUGAUCUGCAUAACCUGGAGGUCUAUGUGUCUCUCUUCCUGUUUGGGAAUGUGCACACAGAUUUGUGGAAGACUGACACUGGAACAGUGAUUGGCAUCCUCAAUCCAAACCCAAUGAAGAACAAAGAUGGUUCCAGUGAGGUCUGCUUGACAGUGGACCACCCACAGAAGGUGCUUAUGGUGGGGGAAGCCAUUGAUUUCGGCACCUGCAAGGCUAAAAAAAAGAACGGAGACUCCUGCACUCAGCUAGUCAACUUGUAUGAAUGCCAGUACUGCCAAUACCACGUCAAAGCUCAGUACAAGAAAAUGAGCUCAAAGAGGGCAGAGCUGCAGUCCAGUUUCACAGGCCCCGCCCCUGGCAAAGGAAAAGGUCGGGGCAGUUUGAAGGAACGCCUCUGCCAAUCUGACUUCCACUAUGGGGGCAUGUCUUCACUUGCCUGUGCACCCUCAAUGUCUGCCCCACAGCCAAAGAAACAACCCUCUAUUCAGUCUGUUUUGGCAUCUAUCCCAACUAAGAAACUAGCUCUGAAUUCAGGUGCAGUAUCAGGCUGUUCAGAUGACUUCAAAGGUCUCAUGUCUAUGCCGACACCAGGAGCGCUUAAUAUUAAGAGACAUUUAGGACAAUCCAAGAAUAAAGUUGUGUCUGGAUCUUCAGUUCAGUCUAUCUCUGCAGCUGACCUCCUCAAACAGCAAAAGGAACAGCACCAGCAGAGACUAAUGGAUCGAAAGAAGAGGGCAGAUGAGAUUCAGAAGAGAGUGCUCCAGAAUAGCGCAGGGCCUUUUGUUCACUCACAACCAGCUGUAAACGGGGGUCCCUUGCUCUCCCCGAAAGCUACCUCAGAGGUUCCAGAAGGACCCCCUGGCUCCAUGUCCCGUCUCUCAGGCCGUCCUGUUCCAACACUGGGCCGUGGCUUUUCAGAGGGAGAGGAUAUUCUUCUCGAUCUUUCCCCACCUUCAUCAAAGAUCCAAUCAGCUGCAAAGUUGGCAGCAGUGAGGAAACUGCAAGCAAAAGGCUCAGUCAUUGUUAAAGAUGACCCGAACGCUGUGAAACGCAAGCGAGCCAACAGCGAUGAAAUCACAGAGAGAGUGGCCCGAAAUCAUUCCACACCUAAAGUAACAGAUGAAAAUUCAACUUGUGAGGAGGAGGAGCCAGCUCUGAAGAAGAGGCGGGCACAGCUAGAGUACAUUCAAUCAGAGGAGUUUCAACGUAUCCUCAACGGCAAAUCCUCAAACUCAUGGAUGAUGGGAGAGAUCGAGGAGAAGGCCAUGCAAGAGUAUUUUGAACCACUGGUGCAAAAGGAGAAGAUGGAGGAGAAGAUGAAGAGUAUAAGGGAGAUGAAAUGUCGUGCCAUCACCUGCAAAACUUGUAAAUACACCCACUUUAAACCAGCCGACCGUUGCGUGGAAGAGAAACACGACUACCUCUGGCACGACGCCGUCAAACGCUUCUUCAAAUGCCCCUGUGGGCAGAGGAAGAUCUGCCUGGCACGGAUGCCACACGGUGCCUGCAGCCACUGUGGUCUCUUCAAGUGGGAGAGAGACGGCAUGUUUAAGGAGAAAAAGGGACCCAAAAUCGGUGGUGAGCUGCUGCUGCCGCGUGGAGAGGAACAGCCCAAAUUCCUUAACAGUAUGAAGUAGCAGAAGUUUUCCUUGUGUGCUACCUGAUCCCUGCCUUUCUCCGACCUGAUCUGUGAAGACUCAUUAUAAUGUCGCCACAAGCAGAACGCGAGACAGGGACUUUAUUCUUGGAAAGCGUCCACGCUGGAUUGAAACAAGACUUUGUAUCGCUAAAUGUUAAAUAUGAUUUUUUUUCUUUUACUUGUUUGUGUUUGGUGUCUGUGUUGUUUUAACCUGUACUUUUCCUGUUUUAAUUGUGAACUUUUAUAUGAAAUGUGCCAAAAGGGAAUGCCUGAAUUAAACAAUCAAGUAUAAUUGUGCUGUUUUAUUGACUUUAAAUCAAUAACCGAUUUGCAAAUGAUCAUAUAAUCAGUUGUUGACUGCAGAGGAUGGCACACAUGCUCAAUCUUGUUUGGCUCCUGGUAUGAAGUUACUGUAUAUUUUAAAGCUUUAAUACCCCCUUGUGCUUUUCUUUAAGGAGUAGGUGCUGCAAUAAGCCAUUCUACUGUCAGACAGGAUGACAGCACCUAGGAUCUUGAAGGACGAUAAAUCUUUCCACUUGUCUAUUUUUUUUCUCAUUUUCCCAUCUGUCCAAGCUCUCAAUGAAGCAAUGUUUAUUCCAUUGCCAGCAAAUACUGUCUCCGAAUUAUUAUCCACCCUGUAGGUGCACGAACUCGUGCAUCUGUUUUAAUAUAUACAGUA